AUAUCCCGGUUCCGAUUUCAAGUGGAUCCGUUUCAACGGACCGGACCUAGACCCUGGUCAAAAAAGUUUCUGAAAAGAAAAAAAAAUCGAAUAGUUGAAGAAUUUCAAUUCGCCUCGACACUCGCGCCUUUAAUUUUCAUUUAUAAGGUCGUGCGCAUAUGAGAAGAUUUCUUCACUUCCCAUUCCUAUUUUUGCGAACUUUGGGAAUUAAAUCCUCUCUGCAGUCGCAAUGUUCAAGUCUUCCUUACGGCAUGCCCGCAUAGGCAAUUUGGCUCGUCGCCAACUCUCGAGUUUGGCCCCGCGGCAGAUUCUCUCUCGACCCCUCGUAGCAUCGUGUCAAAGAUUGUCGCAGGUUCAACUCCAAUCAUCUUCCUUCAGACAGCUUGCCAUUCGAUUAUAUUCUUCGGAAGCGGCCGCGCAUCCUAAUACAGCCGUCGAAGAUUCACCAGCUGGAAUAUACGAUGUGACCCGGUUCGAAGACCUAGCAAAGCUGGGUGUUGAUGAACGAAUUAUUCGGGCUAUUACCCAAGACAUGCGAUAUGACACAAUGACUGACGUCCAGUCUCUGACAAUUAACCCGGCGCUCAAGGGCGUUGAUCUAGUUGCGCAAGCAAAGACUGGAACUGGCAAGACUCUAGGCUUUCUCAUCCCUCUUUUCCAACGUCUCCUAUCAGUUGAACCUAGCCUUGCUCAGCCAUCUGCCCGUCGAAAUGCUUCCUCAGAAGAUAUCCGCGGCAUUAUUAUGUCCCCAACACGUGAGCUUGCAGAGCAAAUCGGCGUUGAGGCACAGAAGCUAGCCAGACACACUGGUAUCGUUAUUCAAACGGCCGUCGGUGGCACGAGAAAGAAGGAAGCCAUGUGGAAGAUGCGCCGAGAGGGUUGCCAUGUACUUGUCGCCACUCCCGGUAGACUUCAGGAUAUUCUCCAAGACCCAGAAUCCGGCGUGAAGGCUCCUAAGUUACAAGCUGUAGUGUUGGAUGAAGCCGACCGCAUGCUAGACGUUGGCUUCGCCGACGACAUUCGCAACAUCCUAGAUCUCCUCCCUCCUAUCAACAAGGUCGACCGCCAAACUCUUCUGUUUUCUGCCACCAUUCCUCGAGAUGUCGUCCACCUAGCCAAGAACAUGGUCAAAACGGACAAUUUUGAGUUUGUGCAAACAAUCAGCCCCGAUGAAACUCCAACCCACGAGCGUGUUCCGCAACACCUUAUUGAGGUAAACGGUUUCGAGAAUUGGUUCCCAACCGUUAUGGAAAUAGCCCAGCGAGCGCAACAGAAACACGCAGAGGACCCUACAAACCCCCCAUUCAAGGCAAUUGUUUUCUUCUCGAACACAUCUACUGUCGCAUUUGCGAACCGAGUCCUCAGAGGAACUUCUUUGGCUGGCAGAGCGGGUGGUGUCGGACUUUAUGAUAUUCAUUCAAAGCUUACACAGGGCCAGCGCACAAGGAACGCCGACCUCUUCCGAGCUGCUAAAGUUGGCAUUCUUGUUUCAUCCGAUGUCACCGCAAGAGGAAUGGAUUUCCCCAACGUAUCGCAUGUUAUCCAGAUCGGUCUUCCCCCAGACAGAGACCAAUAUAUUCACCGAGUCGGACGAACGGGCCGUGCCGGAAAGUCCGGUGAGGGAUAUCUCCUCUUAGCCAAGGAAGAAAUCCAAGAAGCGCGAAAUCGCCUUCCUGGCCUACCCAUCAAGCCCAACAGGGAUCUUCUGGCUCCACGACACGUAGUAGGACAGGGCGAAGCUCCCGCAGAAGUAUCGAACUUCUUCGAGGAGGUCUCUCAAGCUUACAAGGGCCUCCCAAAGCAAUAUUUUAGAGAGACGUACAGCUCAAUGCUCGGCCAGAAAAUGGGACGAUAUUUGCGACCCGAUGAUCUAGUUGAGUUACUCAACAGGUGGUGCUUUAAUGGCAUGGGCUGGGAAGAACAACCCGCCGUGACGCGAAAGUCGGCGGUCAACCGCGGACUGGUAAAUCUUCCUGGAAUCAGAAUCGGCUUUGAUGAGCCGGAUAUGGACCAAGAACAAUUUACUAGCUACGGCGGUCGAUCAGGCGGUGGCUUUGGCGGUCGAUCGGGUGGUUUCGGUGGUCGAUCCGGUGGCUUUGGUGAUGGUGGUCGAUCCGGUGGCUUCGGUGGUUUCGGUGGCCGAUCCGGUGGCUUUGGCGGCCGAGACGGCGGUCGAUCAGGUGGCUUUGGCGGCCGAGACGGUGGUCGAUCAGGCGGUUUUGGCGGCCGAUCCGGUGGCUACGGUCAAGGUGGCCGCGGUGGUGGUGGCGGUAGCAGAAGUGGUGGCUUCGGCAGCCGUUUCGGUUCACGCAAUGACGGUGGCUCAGGUGGAGGCGCAUCAUUCUAAAGGUAUCACGGCGCCUCUCCAUGUUGAAAAAAAGCCCCAAUUCCCCAGAUUCGACAUCUUGUUUUAAUUCCUAAUGUACCAUCU